AUGGCGGAUGAAUUAACGGAUGCAACGGAAGCAACGGUAUCCGCAGUCUACAUCACCCAGUGGGCAGCGGACACCACCAUAGCCACCAUCACCACCACGGAGAAGUCUUCGGGCGGGGGCGGCAUUGGUGUCGCAAUCAUUGUGCUGAUCGUGUUUUUUGUGCUCCUGCUCUGCCUCUGCAUAAUUUGCCUGCCGCUCCUCUGUCUGCUGGGCUGCUGCGGCCUGGCCUGCUCUCCAUGUUUAGCCUGCGCCGGUGGAUGUUGCGGCGAAGGAGGAGACGGAUGUUGCGGUGGUGAAGACGACGGCGAGGAUGGUUGCUGCGGGGGCGGCGGCUGCGGGGGCGACGACUGCUGCGGUGAUGACGAAUGA